ACAGUUUUGAAAUGAACUAGUUGAACUGUCUGUGAAUGUUGUGUUUAUUUAGUAAAAUUUAGAAUAACUUUAUUUAAACUCAGCUUUAAUUCCAGCAUCCAACUAUGUUCGGUUACGCUUAAGUUUAUACAUUUUUUUUAUUUAAAUCUAAUUUAUGCUGUACAGAAUAAACAGUUGAGUCAACUAAUAGGUUAAGUUAACCUAUAAAUUGUUCUUUGAAAUGAAUGGGUUAAAAGACGUGUCAGAUUUAAAUGGAACAGAUAAAAUCAAUUCAGAAGUUUGUGUCAAAUUAACAGAAUUAGGAUGUUGUGGUAUGUGUUCUUUGAGGUAUUAUGGUGAAACUAGUGCUGAAUAUUUCAGAGACUUCCAUAAGAGCAUUGUUGAUAAAAAAUAUUCUACACAGGUGUUGAGUGAAACUGAAAAUCCGUUAAAGAGACCAGCAAACAACGCAUGCGUAGCAUGUCUUGGUAUGCUUCAACCUCCAAUGUGUGAUAAAGUUAUUGAUAAGAUUGUUGAAGCUGUUAGCAAAGAAGACUAUGACAACCCAACAUUCAAUGUAGCAUUCACCCUUCCGGUCAGUUUCUACCUGCGCGCCCACGCGCUGCUCGUACUGCUGGCAGACAGUUACCCCGAUCACAUCAGGACUCACCUGCCUCUCGGUCUGGUCACCGUGGGUGUAAAGGACGCGUGGAAGUAUGUGUUCACUGAUCAGCUGGCCAAGAGGAUCAAUAAGACGUUCAGCAACGAGUCAGACCUCAAGAUCCAGAUUAAUAUUCAGUACGAAGACGACCAUGCGGAGAUCGAGUGUUUACUGGAUAUGUACCCGAACAAGUUUAAUGAGCAGAAGAUCAAGGCAAAAAAAUUGCGCCACCUCAAGGGUCCAACUCUGUUGUACUCUCGGAAGACUGUGGAGACGGUGCUGACUCUGGAAGACAGAGAUCGCUUUGCUCGCUACUACCCAAUACCUCCCGUCGUGCCCACCCACGCUGCUGUCUGCAAUAAUGUUCUCUUUGAGCACAACUGCAUUUACGUUGCUGGGCGCUACAACAAGUUGGUGCGAGGCCUGCCACAGACGGCUUGGUUGGUACAGGACCAGCGGAAACUGGAGACCUCGGUCCAUGAGCUCAUCGGGGAGAGUGUACAAGCCGUGACGAGAGCACAAGGUAACAAGCUGAUAGCGUCGGGCCGGGAAGAUGUAGAUGUGAGGAUGUUGGGUUCGGGGCGGCCGUUCGUCGUGGAGUUGAUGGGCCCCAGGCACGUCAUGCUGAGCAACCAGGAGAUCCAGGAGCUGGAAAUCAGGAUAAACACUCACGGAGCAGGCAGGAUAGCAGUUCACAACCUCAAGAUUGUGCCCAAGUCAUCGUUGGAACUGCUAAAGAAAGGGGAGGAGUUGAAGAGAAAGACGUACGUGGCGUACUGCGCAGCGCGGUCUCUAGACAGAGCUAGGCUGGAGGAGGUCGCAAAGAAGGCACCGGUCACUCUGCAGCAGAAGACGCCUGUGAGAGUUUUACACCGACGCCCCAUUGCUACCAGGGCCAAAGUUGUGCACUGGAUGGAGGUCUCCGACAUCAAACACUGUCAGGAGAAUGACACAACCUACUUCAAGUUGACUCUGAAUACCCAAGCUGGCACAUACAUCAAGGAGUUCAUUCAUGGGGACUUUGGCCGUACGAAGCCGAGUCUGGGGGACAUUCUGGGUGGAGUGUCUGCAGACUGUCUAGCUCUGGAUGUUCAGAGUAUUGAGCUAGAUUGGCCACCAGCGUGAAAUGUCAGUCCAGGACUUUAUAGAACAAAUUUUUUACAAUAAACGUUAUUUGUUACGUGAAA